CCAUUAAAAAAUUCCCCCAAAAAAUAAAAAAUAAAAAAGGAAAACUGAAGAAGCAACAAGGAAGAUGAUGCUUCUCUUUCACAGGAUAUAUAACUAUAAAGUAAUAAUAAGGAAAUAUGUUUAUGUAAUGUAAAGCAUGUCCUUCCUCAUCACCUACUACUGACAACUCCACAUCCUCUUACCAAUUCAACCCAAUUUUCAAAACCCAGAAUGGAAACCCUACAUGAAUCUCUUCAUUUUAGGGAGUUUUUGACAAUGUAGCUGUUUUUGCUGGCUGCCACCAAGAUUAUUUCCAUCUGGGUUGUUGAUAAGUAUCAAACUUUAGGGUUUUUAUUUUCUGCAUGUGAGAGUGUUGAUAAGGAACAAGCUUCACAAUCAGGUUUAUCAGCAUCAACAGAAAAUGGCUACCAAUCUUAAUGAUAGCCUGACCAAGAAGUACAUUGGUUUAGAGUUGUGGGUAAUAGUUGCCAUCUGUUUGGGAGUGGUUUGUAUAGUGAUCCUGGUAGUUUCACUAUGGUUCACUUUUAGAAAGAAAAAAAGGACAAACAGCACGCUUCCUGUAAGUCAAAGAUCCAAGGUUUCAGAGGAAAUUAAAGAGAUUGGUGUUGAUCAAAACUCAGCAAAUAAUGGUGGUUUCCUGAGCCUUAAUGAUAAGUUCAGUGACAAAGAUUCAGAGAAAGUAUUGAUCCAAUUAGAAAAUGGAGAUGAUAGCAGCCAGUCAGGCUCCUUCACUCAUGUUGACAAAGAUGGUGUUGGAUCUCAAUUAGGAGAAGAGGGAGCCACAGGAACAGCUUCUGCCUACAGACCUUCUUCACAUCCCUUGACUGCCCCUUCGCCUCUUUCUGGUCUACCUGAAUUUUCACACUUGGGCUGGGGUCAUUGGUUUACCCUCAGAGAUCUGCAAGUUGCAACAAACCGGUUUUCCAAGGAUAAUAUAAUUGGUGAUGGUGGAUAUGGAGUUGUUUAUCAGGGACAUCUGACGAAUGGUACUCCUGUGGCUGUCAAGAAGCUCCUGAACAAUCCAGGACAAGCUGAUAAGGAUUUUAGAGUUGAAGUAGAGGCUAUUGGUCACGUGAGGCAUAAAAACCUAGUUCGACUUCUUGGAUAUUGCAUUGAAGGAACCCAGAGGUUGCUGGUAUAUGAGUAUGUGAAUAAUGGCAAUUUAGAGCAAUGGCUCCAUGGGGCCAUGCGCCAGCAUGGUUAUCUUACUUGGGAGGCUCGCAUGAAAAUUCUACUUGGCACUGCUAAGGCGCUGGCUUAUUUGCACGAGGCCAUUGAGCCAAAGGUGGUGCACCGUGACAUAAAAUCAAGCAACAUAUUAAUUGAUGACAACUUUGAAGCUAAAAUAUCUGAUUUUGGUCUGGCCAAAUUGCUGGGUGCUGGAAAAAGUCAUAUCACGACUAGAGUAAUGGGUACAUUUGGUUACGUGGCUCCAGAAUAUGCAAAUUCUGGUCUUCUGAAUGAGAAGAGUGACGUUUAUAGCUUUGGAGUUGUGCUCUUGGAAGCAAUUACUGGAAGAGAUCCAGUGGAUUACAGUCGUCCUGAGAAUGAGGUAAAUCUGGUGGAGUGGUUGAAGAUGAUGGUUGCAAGAAGGCGUUCAGAAGAGGUUGUAGACCCAAUGAUUGAGACAAGGCCUUCAACAAGUGCUCUUAAACGAGCUCUUCUAACUGCUUUAAGAUGCGUUGAUCCAGAUUCUGAAAAAAGACCAAAGAUGAGUCAAGUAGUUCGCAUGCUUGAAUCAGAGGAAUAUCCUAUACCUAGAGAGGAUCGAAGACACAGAAGGAGCCAGGCUGGGGUCACUGAGACCGAGUCUCUAAAGGAGAAUUCAGAUACUGACAGGAAAGACAAUCCAGAUUCGAAGACAGAUGGUCAACAGAGCCAUCGAGCAUAGGCAUGGGAAUUGUUUGUAAAUCUGAAUAUAUGCACAAUGGUAAAGCACACAUUCUUUAGACCUUCCAAAAUCUUGGCAUGCCUUGUCUGACAAUUGUGGUUGAGGAGAGGGAGCUAAGCCAAAGCACUGGAGGGUUUGGAUAUUCUGGAUGGUUUCUCUUUUAAAAAUUUUAGUAUUUACUUACAGACGGUGUAGAGAAGAUUAGUUUGUCUGAAAGUUGCAUUGUCAAAGGACACCCUUGCCAGGAGUGGUGUGUACAGAUCUUGGUGAUUUUGGUUUCAAUUUUGGUUUUUAAAAUAUAUAUAUAUUUCCCUCUUUUUGUUUUGGGUUA